AUGCCUGCAUGGAAGUCUCUUGUAAGCGUGCUGGCGCUGGCCAGCACAGCAGUUUCCUGCGCCCACCACGGAGACAACGAGGUGGUGCCUGAGCAUGAGCGCGAAGAGCUGCUGAAGAAAUGGGAUCAAGAGUGGUCCUUUUCCGGAAUCGCCAGCUUCGCGCAUCUCCGCACCGUGAAAUGUCUCGUUGAACCCAGUGAAAACUACGACAUCGCCGUCAUUGGCGCUCCCUUCGAUACUGCGGUCAGUUACCGACCUGGUGCUCGCUUCGGACCCCGCGCCAUUCGCGCCGCCAGCGCUCGUCAAAUGAGCGGAACCAGCUACAACACCCGUGCCGGAAUCAAUCCCUACAAUUCAUGGGCCAAGAUCACCGACUGCGGCGACAUUCCCAUCACGCCAUUUGACAAUGGCCUUGCGGAGCGACAGAUGUACGAGGCGUUCCUGGAACUGGGAUCGCGCAAGAUCGUCAAUGCCGCGCCGUCCACCAAGUCGAAGAACAAGAAGGAUGUCAGCAUCGGCGCGCGUCACCCCAAACUCGUGACUUUGGGUGGAGAUCACAGCGUCGCUCUGCCCGCCCUCCGAGCACUGUACAAGAUCUACCAAAAGCCCAUCACGGUGCUGCACUUCGAUGCUCAUCUGGACACCUGGAACCCCGUGCGGUACUCGGCCUACUGGCAGAGCGAGCAAACCCAAUUCAACCACGGAAGUUUCUUCCACAAAGCCAGCCGCGAGGGUCUGAUCUGCAAUUCGACCUCCGCGCACGCGGGACUUCGCACUCGCUUGACGGGCGUCGAUGAUGGGGACUACACCACCCCCGGCCCCGAGCAAGGCUUCAUCCGCAUCCACGCGGACGACAUUGACGAGUUGGGUCCCAUGGGCGUCGUGGAGAAGAUCAUGAGCCGCAUCGGGCUGGACCCGGAGCAGCCGGUCUACCUGUCCGUUGAUAUCGAUGUGUUGGAUCCAUCCACAGCACCGGGAACAGGUACCCCCGAGCCUGGUGGCUGGACGACCCGUGAGUUCAUUCGCAUCCUGCGUGGCUUGGAAAAGUUGAAUCUGGUCGGUGCGGAUAUCGUGGAGGUCUCGCCCGCGUACGACAACAAGGGCGAGACGACUGCCUUGGCUGCGGCGCAGGUCGUCUUUGAGAUUAUCACCAGUAUGGUGAAAUCUGGCGUCGAUGCGCAGUUGGGUGGAUGGUACGGACGUCGUGAGGAUGGAUCUGGAGGCGUGGGUGUUGUCGAGGAGGCUCCCGCGACUGCUGGCAAGGAUGAGCUGUGA